UGAAUAAAAGUUUCUUUAUUCAUUGUGAUUUGUUUGUUUGUUAAAAUUUAUAUAAUAGAGACUAGAGAGUAUUGUGAAAAUGAGUGAUUCUAGUAAAACUAAAAAUAAAACAUUAAUAAGAAAAUCUUUGAAAGAAAGAGGAAAGAGUUAUGUUAGCAGGAAAGGAAAAGUCAUGCCGCCAAAAAAACCACCUUCUAUGCUGAAAAUAUGCAAAUGUAAGAACCAAUGCGAUACAAUAGACCAUGACAUGAAAUUAACUUUAUUUGACAAGUUCUACCGAGAAGGUUUAAAAACACAAAGAACAUAUUUGAUGGGGCUGUUGCAUCUGCAUAACAUUAAGCGACGCCGACAUGGUAAUUAUGAUGUACCAUCUGAAAGUAGACGACAAGCUACUAUUUUUUAUUUUAUACCUAAAGGUGAUGGCACAUUAGUACCAGUUUGCAAAAAAACAUUCAUGGAUGUUUUUGCGAUUUCUAAAAAAGAAAUAGAGACAAUGAUUCGUAAAAAGAAGCAUGGCGAUACAUCAUUUACUGACAAAAGGACUUCACACCAAACAUCAAAAUAUACUGAAUUAGAUGUGCUGAGAAUUAAAGAUCACAUUAAUAUGUUCCCCCGAGAUGAGAGUCAUUAUACACGAGCAAAAAGCUCAAAAGAGUAUCUUAGCCCUGAUUUGAAUAUACAUAGGUGUUUUAAAUCCUUUAAUGAAAUGCACCCUGAUAACCAAGUAUCAUAUAAGUUUUACAGAAAAAUAUUUUUGAGAGAUUUUCCUAAUUUAAAGUUCAAGAGACCUAGGACUGAUACUUGUAAAGUUUGUGAUCGCUUGUCGGCAACAGUGCGUUCUCAAAAUUCAGGUAGUCGGUCUGCAAAAAUUGCUUUAGAACUACAUCACCGGAAAGCAGAAAAAUCCCGUGAGCAAAUGGGCAUAGAUAGGCAGCAGUCUCAACUACCAGGUAGUACUACUGUCACACUAGCCAUAGAUCUUCAGCAGGUGCUCUUCGUGCCCACUCUAACUCACUCAGAGAUGUUUUACAAACGGCAGCUUAGCUGUUAUAACCUAUGCAUCAAUGUGGCUGAUAUUGGGAACUCUUUCAUGUGUCUUUGGCAUGAAGGAAUCUGUAGCAGAGGAGGCAAUGAAAUAGCGUCAUGCCUACUGACUUUUAUAAAUAAAGGAAUAAUUACAAAAAAGGACCAUCUUAUAAUAUGGUGCGAUAACUGUGCCGGCCAAAAUAAAAACAGAAUGAUGCUUUUCUUAUUGAUGUAUUUAGUGGCAAAUGGCCACUUUAAAUCAAUCGAACAGAAAUUUUUAAUAACAGGUCAUAGUUUCCUACAGUGUGAUAGAGACUUUGGAAUCAUAGAAAAAAGAAAAAAGGUUAUGAAAAGUUAUGUACCUCAGGACCUAAAAAAAGUAAUUUCUGGUGCAAAAAAUACAGCAAAACCUUUCCAGGUGAUUGAUAUGACAAGUGACUGUUUUGACCUCCAAGCUGCUGCAGAUGACAUAAUUGUGACUAAAAAACUGAAUAUCUCAACAGCAUCUCGGUUGUUAGUAAGGGAAGAUAAGCCAGGUGUAGUGCAUGUAAAAGAAAAUUUAGGAGACUUGGAACCAUGGAAAGAAAUAAAUGUAUUGAAAAGAGGGAAAUCUAUUUCAGACUUAAAAAAUGUGGAGUUACGUCGACUUGUGGCUAAAAAUACUAUAAGCAGAGAAAAGAAGGACUUAGAAAGUAUGAUUGAAUACUUGCCAGAAAAUUAUCAAGAAUUCUACAGGAAUUUGUGUAAUAACUAA